ACUACUGGAGGAUGAGAGUGAACGGUCGCGGUACUUUGCAAAUGAACGCUGCCGGUAAACGGUCCGGUUGAAUGAGGUUGCUUUGCGGGAAUCUUUGAGUGUCUUUUCCACAGCUGAAUCUACAUGUGGCGGCUUUCACAUCACCUCAGCAUUUCACUUUAGAAGGGUACUGGAGAGCAGGAACAAAAUACCUCACUGGGAACAUGGGCCAAUCUGGGACUUCAUCCUAUUUUUCUCUCGCUCUAAAUCUCAGCAUCUUCCUCUUAGUUUUCUCCUAUGAGCUCACGCCAGUCAUUGCAGGCAGCUCCAAAUCGAGCUUAGAUGUAGAUACUUCCAAUGCAAACUCUUCUCAAGAGACAUGUGGUGGUAGUUAUGAAUGCAAAGAGGGGGUGAUCUUGCCAAUUUGGACACCGGUGAACCCGUCCUUUGGGGAUAAGUUGGCCAGAGCCACUGUGUACUUUGUCGGUUUGUUCUACAUGUUCCUAGGAGUAUCCAUCAUUGCAGACCGCUUCAUGGCUUCCAUUGAGGUCAUCACAUCCCAGGAGAAAGAGAUCACCAUUAAGAAGCCCAACGGAGAAACCACAACUACUACAGUUCGUAUUUGGAAUGAAACGGUCUCAAAUCUGACUCUCAUGGCUUUGGGUUCUUCAGCCCCAGAGAUUCUGCUGUCCGUGGUUGAAGUGUGUGGGCACAACUUUGACGCAGGAGAGCUGGGCCCAAACACCAUUGUGGGAAGUGCAGCUUUUAACAUGUUUGUCAUCAUCGGUCUCUGUGUCUCUGUGAUACCCGAAGGAGAGCACCGGAAGGUCAAGCACCUGCGGGUCUUCUUUGUCACCGCCACUUGGAGUAUCUUUGCAUAUACGUGGCUUUACCUGAUUUUGGCAGUGAUUUCCCCAGGUAUCGUGGAGGUCUGGGAGGGACUUCUUACUCUGUUUUUCUUUCCUAUUUGUGUAUUAUUUGCUUGGGUUGCAGACCGUAGACUUCUGUUUUACAAAUACGUGUAUAAACGUUACAGAGUUGGAAAGAAACGUGGGAUAAUUAUAGAGACUGAAGGUGAACCAGAACUCCAGUCAAAGGCUGAUAUCGAAAUGGAUGGCGGGAUGCUUAACUCUCAUGCCGAGGAGUUUUUAGACGGCGCAGUUGAUAAUGAAGAUAAAGACGCGGAUGAGGACGAGGCCAGAAGGGAAAUGGCCAAGAUUUUGAAGGAACUGAAACAGAAGCAUCCGGAAAAGGAGAUGGAGCAGCUUGUUGAGCUUGCCAACUACCACGUCCUCAGCCAGCAACAGAAGAGCCGUGCUUUCUAUCGCUGUCAGGCCACUAGACUUAUGACUGGUGCAGGAAAUAUACUGAAGAAACAUGCUGCAGAUCAAGCCAGAAAAGCACUUGGUAUCCAUGAACUUCGAUCGGAAGUCUCCGAUAAUGAUAUCUCCUCCAAGAUUUUCUUCGACCCUGGGACAUAUCAGUGUUUGGAGAACUGUGGAACUGUGGCUUUGAACGUGGUUCGACGCGGCGGCGACUUAACCAGCACUGUGUCAGUGGAGUACAGAACUGAGGAUGGCACUGCCAAUGCAGGUUCUGAUUACCAGUUCACUGAGGGUGUCAUAAUCUUCAAACCAGGUGAGACCGAAAAGGAGAUUAGAGUGGACAUUAUCGACGAUGAUAUAUUUGAAGAAGAUGAACACUUCCUGGUUCAUCUCAGCAAUGUCAAGGUCAUAUCUGAAGGAGCCAACAAUGGAAACCCAGGUACCAAUCAUGUGGACGCUUUAGCUGGUCUUGGCCUUCCUUCAACAGCUACCGUGACUAUCUUUGAUGAUGACCAUGCUGGCAUCUUCUUAUUUGAGGAACCAAUUGUUCAUAUCAGUGAAAGCAUUGGCAUGAUGGAGGUGAAGGUGGUACGUACAUCUGGAGCCCGUGGAGUAGUGGUAAUCCCCUAUAAAACCAUCGAAGGCACAGCCAAAGGUGGAGGAGAGGACUUUGAAGACACCCAUGGAGUCUUGGAGUUCCAGAAUGAUGAGAUUUCCAAGACUAUUCAGAUCAAUAUAAUCGAUGACGAGGAGUAUGAAAAGAAUAAGAACUUCUUCCUGGAGAUUGGAGAGCCACAAUUGGUGGAAAUGAGUGAAAGAAAAGCUAUGUUGCUGCAUGAAUGUGGUGGAUUCGUGAAGACAGAUAAGCAACUUUAUGGCAGGGAUGUGUACCGGAAAGUGCAGGGUAGAGACAAACCAAUCCCCUCCACCAUUAUCAGCAUCUCAGAGGACGGGGAGGAAGAGACCCUGACUAAAAAAGAGAAAGAUGAGAGGCGUAUUGCUGAAAUGGGUCGUCCGACCCUGGGUGAACACGUGAAACUUGAAGUAAUCAUUGAAGAGUCUUAUGAAUUCAAGAGCACCGUCGACAAACUCAUAAAGAAAACCAACUUGGCCCUUCUGGUGGGUACCAACAGUUGGAGAGACCAGUUUGUUGAAGCCAUCACUGUCAACUCAGGGGACGAUGAUGAUGAAGAGUGUGGCCAAGAAAAGAUGCCGUCCUGCUUUGACUACGUCAUGCACUUCCUCACGGUAUUCUGGAAGGUUCUGUUUGCAUUUGUGCCCCCUACUGACUACUGGAACGGCUGGGCUUGUUUCAUCGUGUCCAUCAUGAUGAUUGGCGUCCUCACCGCCUUCAUCGGGGAUAUAGCUUCUCAUUUCGGGUGCACUAUUGGCCUGAAAGACUCUGUGACUGCAGUCGUGUUUGUGGCACUGGGAACGUCUGUGCCAGACACAUUUGCCAGUAAAGUGGCAGCGAUCCAGGAUCAGUACGCGGACGCCUCCAUCGGCAACGUGACAGGCAGCAAUGCAGUGAACGUGUUUUUGGGCAUCGGAGUGGCCUGGUCUAUUGCUGCCAUCUUCCACCAGUCUCAGGGGCGGCAGUUUCGCGUGGACCCCGGGACGCUGGCCUUCUCUGUCACACUCUUCACCAUCUUUGCCUUCGUCUGCAUCGCCGUCCUCAUGUACCGCCGCAGGCCUGAGAUCGGCGGAGAACUGGGCGGCCCGCGCCAUCCCAAAAUAAUUACCACUACACUGUUUUUCAGUCUCUGGUUGAUGUACAUCAUACUGUCCUCAAUGGAGGCUUAUUGCAUCAUCAAGGGUUUCUAAAAUGAUGCCACAGAUGCGGGACGGUGUCUUUAAGACUCUUGUGAACAGGUGGAAAAGGUUCAGAAGAGGAGCUCAGAGCAGCCGUGGAGGACUGCCUGCUGUUUCUUGAACAUCCACUGUAUGUUUUAUGUGUGUGAAUGCCCAGCUAACAAGGAUUAUUCUCUGAACGUUCUGGCGAGGUUCUCUUUAAGUUAUUAGUGAAUGAACCAUUUUUUUCAUUAUUUCCUCUAAUUAUUAGUUGUAGUUUAGCUGGAUUGAGGCAAAAAAAUGUACAGAGUGAUUCAACAUAGGCUAAUUCUGAAAACGUAGCCCUAUAUACAUUUUUGGAGAUUGCAAUUUAUGUAGCCAGAGCUAUGUAUGGCUGCAAUUUAUCUUUAAAAUGAAUGCUGUGGGGCGGUAUGACACCGUUCCUUUGUACGCUUACCAGCUGACUGCUUACCUCCAAGUGGAUGACUUUUCUGCUGUUACCAGUUUGUCCGGUAGCUCGACAUGUAUGUUGGCGGACUUGAGAUGCAGUGAGGAGUUGACCACAACAACAGGGUUCGAGUCCGAUAAAGAAUAGUUUCAGAAAUUGGGUAAGACAAAAACAGAAGCUAAAAAAAUAAAAUGAACCAGUAAAUAACAGGGUGAGAAUGUAGUAAAAUCUGAAAAUGUGGUAAAAAUCAGGGAAAUCAGAUGUUUCUGGAUUCCUUUUUAAAACUGACGUUGGGUUUAGGGAAGGGGAUAGGCGGGUCAAUCUGUGAUUUUUUUAAAACACUUGUGGUUGGAUUAGGAAAGGGGGAGAGUGGGGAAUCGGUCGGUUGGUCAGUUAGUAAACUAGUCAGUUGACAGCAGCCUCUGGUGGGUUUACACGAGGACGGCUGGCACAAAUGGCGCCCGCGAGAGAGAAAUUUGAGAUCUAAAAAAGCAAACACAAAACAAAAACUGCAAAGAAAUGUAGAUCCUGAAUCGUAUUUUGCUCUCUCCGGAAAUGUAUAUAGGAAUACAGAAUCAUAAUGAACCUGGGCUAGAGUAAUUAGCCCUUCAGUCUACUGACCCCUAAUAAAUUAUAUAAAUAAAAAAAAUGUGAUAAAUUAAAUAAAGUUUUUGCUAUUUAGUUUUACUUUCACUUUAUUCAAAACAACUGGUCUUUAAUAGUGUGCCCAAACAUUAACACAAAAUAUUAUUAUUUAUCAGAUUAAAAUAAUUUUUAAUAUAAUUUUUUGGAUUUUCUCUAAUGUUUUUAUGUAUUACCUGUUCAGAGAAAAUCCAAAAGUAAGAUUCGUCAUAUGCUUGCACAAUGGAAUACACAUAUUGAUUUUCACAUAUCAGGAAGAAAAAUAAAACUACUCAAACUAAAACACUUAAGAAUAAUAUUUUUAUAAUGAAAUGGGAAUGUUUGCAAAAUGUUCUAAGAGUGUAUUUCUGUUAGCUGGGCUCACGUGUGUUUCUGCUGUUGAAAUGAAUCUAGUUUUCAAUGAAGAAAGAAAAAUUGUCUAGAGGUUUUUCAAAUUUGACAGUAUUUUAGUAAGAAAUGGAAAUGUUCAUUUUGCUGGACUGAUUAAAGGGAUAGUAUUUUAUUACCAUUUACUUACACUCAAGUAGUUGUAAACAUUUACCAAUUUUGUUCUUUUGUUGAACACAAAACCGGUCCUGAAGAAUGUUGGACAAUGCAUUGUACUUAGGAAGUUACAAAAAAUACUAUCUAUGGAAGUCAGUGGUUGAAAUUUGUUUGUGUUCAACAGAAAAAAACUUAAACAAGUUUUGUACAAGUGGAGGGGACGUAAAUGACAGAAUUUACUAUCCCUUUAAGCUGUAGACUGAGUAUACCAUGACAGAAAUGAUCGUAAAAUUAUUACAUUCACACUGAUCCCUGAAAAUGACCAAAAAUGUGUUGUAUUGUUCUGCAUGCCAGGCCAGUAGGUGGUGAUGUCAUUUUGUAAGGUACCACUACACACCAGCGCACGUGAUGUCACUGUUUUGUAGUUUAAAAAGGGACAAAGGUAUUCAACAGCAUUGCAACUAAUGGUAGACUGUGUUCAUGUCGUCCUGGGACAUUACAACUUAUAAGUUCACAAGUCAUAAUAACAACAUCUGCUGUGUUCAAGUCACUUUCAAUGGCACACAAUAGAGUUGUACCUACAUUUGAUAAAUUGCUAAUAGAGUUUGUUGCCUUUGCUUACAGAAAAUGAAGACCAAAUAAUUUGCAUCAAUUGUGUUUAGUCACUUACAGUCCACAAAAGUUGACUUUCCACUUAUAUGAAUUCUGCCUUCUCAUCUACAUGUACUGUAGUAAGCAAGGAUUUGCUUGAUUGAGCACCUGCCUGUAAGAAUCGUGGAUGUGCGCACAAUUCUGUUUCUUAAGAGCUAAUCUACACUUGGUAGUGAGAUAAUGGUCAUCAGAAGAUCAGAAGGCCUAAAGAAAAUUUUUAAUUUCCACACUCAUCACGACUUUGUAGUGCCAUCCAUAUGCAUAACUCAUAAAAACAAUUUUCCAGACAUGACUUGAACACACCAUAAUUUCGUCAUUCGUUAGCAUGACAGCAGCAUUUUAGCAGCCUGAAAACACAUUUUUGAAAAUGCUUUAUGACAUCAUAUGCAUAUGUAGUAGCCUAUUAAGUGUUCAGUUUAGUCAAUAUGUGCACAGGUGCCUAUUGUUACUUGACAAAGUGGCAUCGCUCCCUACUGGUAUAUAUUGCAAAAUACAGCAUGUAAUGUUUUUCGCGGGUCAUAAUCUUUAAAUACAAAAACGAGUGACCUUUGGAUCCAAUAUCGAAAUGCUUUAAAGAUCACCGUCAUUUUAAAUCUCAGAGAUACUUGAACCAUUUUGCAGAAGAGCAAGACGAAACAAACUGCAAAUAUGUGGCUAAAAAGAGAAAAGGUUGCAUUUUAAAUACUAAACGGGUGUUUAAAGCAACGAACGGCAUCAAAAGACUUUAUUUUGUAAGAUUUUAAAGCAUUAGCGUGUGGAUUUGUGACUAUUAUAAGUUUUGGCUUCAGUUUUUGAGUUUUAUUUUCCCAAGUAAUCUAAAAAAAUCCACCUUCCAGGUUUUGUGACACCGACUCAGAAAGAACGGCUCUCUCUACAGGAGCCCUUUGAGGACAUUUCAGAAUAAUCUCAUUAUAUUACAUGUAUUGCACUGUGUUUUCUGUCUCCGAAUCUACGUUUUGUCAUAUCAUGGACUCAAAGAAGUGUGCAGGUACCAGUAGUUUUAGUACACAACCAAUUCCUACAGUAUGUCUGCCCGCAUUUAGAUGAAAUGAGAACAUUCGAGAUUUGUUUUUAUUUUAAUACUGUAGCUACGAGGAGUGCAUGUUCUCUGGUUUUUUAUUUAUUUUUUGCGACUGCUCCCUUUAUGAAUAUAAACAAAGACUAUUUUCAAGGAUCUCCCAAAACAAGUCAAAUCAACACAGUCAACAUUGAUACUGAAUAUGGUUUUUGUGUGUUCAGUCCUCAGAAACAAUUUCAGGACUAUUUUCAUCCCGUUUGAGGACACGAGCACACUGGUGAGAAGUUUUUUCCUAUUUCUUUUUUUCAGUUUUUUUGUUUUCAGGUAGUAUAAUUGGCUUAGCUUCUGUCCUUCAGAACGAGGCAGAUGAACAAACAUCCUCUUAGUCCAUAUUGUCCGGAUAUGAAGUAGUUUUCCCUCGCGUGUGCGAGUGCUCAGAUCCUGUAAGUUUUAUUUUGAGUGUCAUCUGUAUAAUACAGUCUUUCUUUGGAAUUGUCUGUGUUUCAACAAUCUCUCUCUCUCUCUCUCUCUCUCUCUCUCUCUCUCUCUCUCUCUCUCUCUCUCUCUCUCUCUCUCUCUCUCUCUCUCUCUCUGUGUGUGUGUGUGUGUGUGUGUGUGUGUUGAAUAGCAACAUUUUCAGUUUAGGUUUAGUUGUUUAUUGAUGAUAAAAUGGCGCCCUCGUGUGUCGGAGUAAUGUAAAGUCCUCGUUUUCAAUGAUUUAAACAAACCAGCAUAUUCA